GAUAGCUUAUUAGUACCUGUAAUUACACUGUUCGUAUAGAUUCAUUUUGAAUGUGACCAAUAAGAUUGUUCCGAAAUACACUGUUAAGAACUACCGAUCUACACUAUCUUGGCCAUUUCUCAUUGCUCCUAUGCCGCUUGAGUCUGGACUCGUCUUAUAAGAGAUAACGACUAAGGAAACUCCCAGGUUCCCCAAUCUCAUAUAAGAAAGUCCCAAAAUGGAGACUACGCAUCCAUCAUUAGUAAUUUUCUUCAGCAGCUAUGCAGUCUAUGCUAGAACAAUUCACACGAACCGAUAUCCGCUCCGGUUGAGUGGAUAAGAAAGCAUCUUGCCGGCUCUCGUUUAAUCGCCCUAGUCGUAAUGCCGUUACCUUCUAACAUAUCGAUAGUCGAUGCUUAUAUCUUUCAAGUGCCGAUAUUACGGGAAUCCAUCAACCAAGAUGACUGGAUGGUAUAUAUUAUAGCCGGUUGUUAUCGCCAGCAUGCCGUGGCCUAUGGGACAUGAACUAUAAAUAAAUCCAUUGCUCAUUCACCUACAUAUCAAGUAUGACGUGACAUAGAUAGCUCCCCGCUCUUGCGGAUUGUUUUGGAGCCGCGGGAAUAGAUGGACCAAAAGAUAACGACGAGUAAUUAUAUAUGAGCUUGGUGUUUUAGGGUAUUAGAGGAAAGAAAGGGCGCGUGUGUUGUUGAGCCUUGGUAACAAUAUCGAGUACGAAGCUAAGAUGGCGACAGGACUUACUACGCUCGUGGAGCCGUUCCGGAGAGCCUCUUUUCUAGAGCUUUUAAUCCUUUUUAUUCUAUUGUCUCUAGCAAUAGGAAUUACCAAGAUCGUUUACAAUGCCUUCUUCCACCCAUUAGCCCCUAUACCAGGUCCAAAGCUAUACGCCAUCUCGCCUCUUCCUAUAAGCUGGUCUCGAGCACAGGGCAAGUCCCCCUACAAGUUUGCCGAACUACAUGAGAAAUAUGGCCCUAUCGUACGCGUCGGCCCCGACGAAGUCUCCUGUGCCGGUCCCACAUCCUUUAAAGAUCUAUAUGGUCCUCGCUAUGGUAAAGGAGGACCUUUAACCCGUGACUCGCGGGCCGCACCGCUUAAGGAGAAGUUCGGCGCCGUAGGCAUGUUUCAAGCUGAAGUACAGGAGCACGCUAGAAUUCGUCGUCAGCUUAACCCUGCAUUCUCCGAAAAGGCUUCACGCGAACAAGAGCCCCUCGUAAUGGGAUACAUCGACUCUAUGAUUCGGAAACUACGCGAUGCCUCGGCAAGGGGGGAUGUUGUGGAUAUUGAAAAGUAUACUAUGUGGGCGACCUUUGACAUUCAAGGCGACUUAGUAUUUGGCGAAGAUGUUUUCGAGUGCAUCGAGAAAGAGCAAUACCAUCCUUGGAUCAAAAUUAGCAUGGCCUACUUCACGUCAGGGGUUUACACGCACGCCCUAAAUGACAUCUCGUCCUGGGCACUAUGGGUUUGGCAAAAGUUCCUUAUUCCAAAGAGUUUUGCCGAUGCACAGGACUAUCAUCUUAAGACUACUCUGGAUCUGGUAGACAAGAGGAUGGCUUCUAAUAAGACGGAUCAUCCGGAUUAUAUGUCAUUCAUUACUAGCGAAAGCAAAGCCGGCGAGGUUCUCACGAAAGAGCAGAUGUAUGCCAACGCCCAGAUGCUGGUAACGGCCGGAUCGGAGACAGUAGCAACAGCAUCUGCUACUACGCUUUUCCUCCUGCUCACCCAUCUAGAGGCUAUGGAGCGAGUUAAACGUGAGAUUCGGUCUACGUUCAAGUCAGAGCAGGAUAUUACAGCUUCUUCCGUUAUUAAUCUCUCAUACCUCUUAGCUGCAAUCGACGAAUCUAUGCGUGUCUGGGCUCCAGUUGCAACAUCAUUCAACCCUCGACUGAUGUCAUCUGGAGGCUGCGCCGUGGAUGGCUAUUUCAUCCCCGAAGGCUCCAUUAUUGGCAUCCAUAACCAUGCUAUUGGUCGAUUAGAGAGAUACUUUAAAGACGCGAAGAAAUUCGUCCCUGAACGUUGGUUAGGCGAUGAGAGAUAUGUCAACGACUCAAGAGAGAUCUUCCAGCCGUUUAGCUCUGGGCCAUUGAACUGCCUCGGGCUCACAAUGGGACGUAUGGAGACUCGAGUUAUCCUAGCCAAACUUAUUUAUAACUUCGACAUCGAAUUAAUGCCCGAGUGCAGAAAUUGGCUUGAAAAUCAGAAGAAUUACAUCGCCUGGCAUAAGCCGCCCCUGAUGGUAAAGCUGACCCCGGUACAGUGACUAUAGGGUAGUACCGUAAGGAUGGCGGCUGGAAUUAUUACAUAGAGUACGUGUAGGUAGUA